GAAUACUAGUCUGAGACAAAAGUAAGGCAACAGGAAGCAUGACGGGACAAGUGAUAAGAGCCCCAGGACAACACUCCCCUGCGCUACUACAAGCUGGUGUAUUGUACUACUGUCCUGACUCCCGUAUACCCGUUUUAUCUCGUAAAGGCAUCGAAAACAAACGACCAUCUUUUCUUGAAUAUUGCCGCUUCCAUGGAGUUAACAGUUGCACACAUUGACAGAACAUUGUAUUUUGUGUGAACUCAAACAGGUAUGAGGUAGAACAACUGGCCAUGAGGGACGAACCGUGAAAGACCAAUAGCGUGGUGUCUAGCCUGCCAGUGAGGGGAGUAGUGAACACUUGUUAUACUGUGCAAUACGAGGCUGUGGUGUCGUCAACUUGCUCUCUGCUGGACCUGCCUCUCAGCACCCACCUAAAGCUUACCUGUCUAGAAGAUUCCACAAGAAGAGUGAGAUUCUGAUACAUACUGCAUCAUGUCUGACGGAGGCCUGAAGGUGGAGCAACCUAUGGAGAGCAUGGAGGCUCUAUCGAAGGAGGCGGAAGAGCUCAAGGUCAAAUUAGAAGAGGAGCGUCAGAAGUUAAAUGACGUACCACUGACAACGGUGGCGGCACGGCUGGAGAAUCUGGCUCCUCUAAACAUCAAACCACGGCGAGUGUUGCGGGGCCACCAAGGGAAGGUUCUCUGCUCAGACUGGUGCAAUGACAAGCGGCACUUAGUCUCUUCUUCCCAGGACGGGAAGAUGAUCAUCUGGGAUGCUUUCACCACAAACAAGGAACACGCCGUCACUAUGCCCACCACGUGGGUCAUGGCCUGCGCCUACUCCCCGACUGGGUCUAUGGUGGCUUGUGGAGGGCUGGAUAACAAGGUAACAGUCUAUCCACUGAGCUUCGACGAGGACGUAACGCUAAAGAAGAAAGCUGUGGGCACACACACCUCCUACAUGUCCUGCUGCACCUUUCCUUACUCUGACCAACAGAUCUUGACAGGCUCCGGGGACUCGACCUGCGCGUUGUGGGACGUAGAGUCUGGCAUGAUGCUGCAGAGCUUUCAAGGCCACCAGGGUGAUGUAAUGGCGCUGGACCUGGCACCCUCGGAAACUGGAAACACAUUCGUCUCCGGCGGCUGCGACAAACUAGCUCUCGUGUGGGACAUGCGGACCGGCCAGUGUGUCCAGAGCUUUGAGGGUCAUGAGUCGGACAUCAAUUCUGUUAAGUUUUAUCCCUCGGGCGACGCCAUAGCUACUGGAUCUGACGACGCGACGUGUCGUCUCUUCGACUUACGAGCUGACCGCGAGAUUGCCAUCUACACCAAGGAAAGCAUCAUCUUCGGCGUUAAUUCUGUCGACUUUUCUGUCAGUGGUCGUCUACUUUUCGCUGGCUACAAUGACUACACCGUCAAUGUGUGGGACACUCUCAAGUGUAACCGCCUUACCAUCCUCUAUGGUCACGAGAACAGGGUCUCUUGCCUCAAGACGUCACCAGACGGAACUUCCAUAUCUACUGGGUCCUGGGAUUUCACCCUCAGGGUAUGGGCCUGAAUAAAGAAGCGGCUGAAAGAGUGGCUAUCGACGUGGAUGAUACGAAACGGCAAAGGACAAGUGGCAAGGGGAUGCCAAUCUCUUCUUUCAGAACCAAUUGUGUGUUGCAAGGUAGCAUUAUCCUUGAGGUGUCUAAGUAUCGUAUUUAGCUCGUCUUUAGACAUUUAUACUUCGUGUCUUCUUCCUUUGGCAGGAUGACUGGUGUCUCCUUCCUUUGGUAGGAUGACCAAAUGAGGACUUCCAGUAGACUGCGUCCCUGUUACACACACACACACACACACACACACACACACACACACACACACUAAAACACACUAAAACACACACUGAAAUGAUCAUACGGAUCAUGAAAUAUCUAUAAAUGACAGUCAUUUGAACCCUGACUGCUAGUAGUUCUCACUCGUUGCAAAUACUCCAACAGGUUAGUAAAUCAGUAAUUCCUGUAAUCAUCACCCAGACUAAAACCACUAGGUAAAUCCUCAGUCUUCAUCCCUUUGAAACUUGCGAGAUAGUGGACAUACAAUCCUUCAAAUCUCGAUGUACUGACAACACUGCCACAAUGCAUAUUGACAAGUGAUAUCUUUGGCAACAUUUAAUUCCAUCUGACCCGAUAAAGGUCAAAAUUAUAAUAAAUAGUCUAUUUACAAUCA